AUGAGUCACGACGUUUUAAAAACCAUUUCCAUUAAAAACGAAGUAGGCCCAAACAUUGAUUUUUUAUUAACGGAUAAAGAUAUAGUGAAAUCGGAGGACAAAAUUUCUAAUAUAAAUGAUAGGGUCCAUUUGAAUGCUGACGGUACAAAAGAAGCAGUUAAGGAUCGUAUUCCAAAAUACAAAUGCGGUAGCUGCUUGAAGUCAUAUAAAGUAUUUGGUAUGCUUAAAAAACAUUUAGCUGUGUGCUAUUUGAAUAGUAGUUAUCACUCUCGAAAAGCAGAAAUGAUAAAAAAUAUACAGAAAAUCGAAGAGGAUGCGGUUAAACUAGAGAAGGAGAAUAUAUGCUUUUGCUGCGGUGAAAGUUAUGAUACAUUUCAUAGAGGUCAUAUAUAUUGCUCUGAUUGCCCAAAUUCAUUUAAAACUCAAAUAAGUUACGAACGACAUGUUUUUAUAACGCAUUCGGAAGUUGAUAAAUUUCCUUGUUCCAAAUGUGAAGCAAAAUUGCGUACAGCUACGCUACUGAAGUUACACAAAAAGCAACACACAACUUCUGAAAGAUUGCAUAAACGUGCACAUACAAGAAAGGAACCUUUUAUUUGCGACUUUUGUGAGAAGAAAUGUUUUUCACCGGGUGAAUUGAAAAUACAUCGUCGUUGUCACACCGGUGAAAAACCCUACGCAUGCACUGAAUGCAACCAAACAUUUUCUACUAAGAGCUCACUUAAUCGACAUUUGAGACGGCAUACAGGUGAAAAGCCCUACACUUGUACUGAAUGUGAAAAAAGUUUUGCUAUUAAGCACGCACUCAAUCGUCAUAUGGAGCGUCAUAUUGGUGAUAAGUCACAGUAUGAACACAUAUUAAAAACUAAUAAGAAACAUAAAAAACAAAUCCAAAUUCAUUCAUCUAAAAGCAAGAGUAAAAAUGAAAAUCAGGAGGACAAACUGAAAUGCAAAGAUUGCAAAGCGAUAUAUACGACAGAGGAAGAACUUAAGAUUCAUUAUGAAACUGGAACUCAUAUACCUGAAUAUAACAAAAGCAGCCCUAAAGAUGUGAAAGAAAGAAAAAAAAACUGCACGCUAUGUAGCAUAGAAUUUAAUUCAGUUAAAGAUUCGAUCUUUCACUUCCUGAAGAUACACAGAGAGCAUCCACAGACUUUCCUCAGUGCUAAAUGUGCCCAAAACUUAGAACCAAAUAAUGUCGCUACGUCAUCAGAAAAGCAUUACAGAAGUGAUAAUUCCAACGAAAACCCUAUUGAAAAUGUUACUCCAACUGAUAACAAUGUCUUGCCAUCACUUAAAUAUGAAGAACUUUCGUCAAUGGUAAAUGGAGUUAUUAAACAAGAAUGUAUAGUAGAUGAAAGAACUGAACCAACCACAGAAAAAUUAUUAUUCAAUAACGAAAAUAAAAGUGAAAGGAUACAGCCAACACAUAUGAGUAAUAAUGAACAAAUAUACAUCAAUGAUGAAGUUAUUAUGCAACAAUUUAUAAAACAAGAAGAUCCCGAUGCACCUGCAGAGAAUUUACUAUUAGAAAGCGAAAUGUAUAGUAUUAUAACAAUAGAAAAUGAGACUAUUAAAAAUGAACCAGAAUCUGCUGUUACUGAAACUCCAGACG